AUGAAGAAUUUGGAAGAAGUGGAUAUAAAAAUGUUAAUGAAUGAAUUUGAAAAUUUUAAAGAAUUGAAAAAAAUGCUUGAUAAAGGUUAUGAAUUUUCUGGUAUUAAUAGAAAAGUACAAUUAAAACCACAAUUUAUUAAUAUACCAAUGAAUUCUUCCGUUACGGUGCUUGGUCACACGGCUACUAAUGGUACUGAAGUUACUAGUACUAAUAAUAGUACUAAUAGUACUAAUAGUACUAACAGUACUAAGGAUCCUACUGGAGCAAGCACCGUUACUGAGGGAAAGGGAGCUAAUUCUAUGCCUAUGAAGUGUACUACUACUAAUAUUAAUGAACCUUCAAAUAUUAAUAUUGAAUCCUAUUCUAAUACUCCAACUAAUACUAUAACUACUCCCACCAACACUACUCACAAUCACACUACUUCCAAUCACAUUACUAGUACUGAUACUCCCAUCAACACUCUUACUACUCCCUCUAACACUAUUACUACUCCUACUACUAGUCCCAAUCCUAUUACUACUAAUAUUACUAAUAAUAAUAGUAUUAAUAGAAUGAAUGAGAUAGAUAAGAAAUUGGAUAGUGUAUUAAUAGUAGCGAAAUGGGGAGGUGAUUUGACAGAAGUAGGUAAAUUACAAGCAGAAGAUUUGGGACGUAGAUUUAGAGAGACAUUAUAUCCAGCAGAUUGUAGUGGAUUGAUAAGAUUACAUAGUACAUUUCGACAUGAUUUUAAGAUAUAUAGUAGUGAUGAAGGUAGAUGUCAAAUAACAAGUGCAUCAUUUACAAAAGGUAUAUUAGAAUUAGAAGGAGAUUUAACACCAAUAUUAGUAACAAUGACAAUAAGAAAUAAAAGAGCAUAUGAAUUAUUAAAUGAUACAACAAUAUCAAAACAAAGAACCAGAUGUAAAAUGUUAUUAAAUCAAUUAAUUUCUACCUUUGGUACUAAAUUGUAUACACAAAUAUUAAAACAAUUAACAGAAUAUGAUCGUUACUAUUAUCAUAAAGCUAUACAAGAUUCUGAAUAUAAAUUACAAGAUUUUCCACAAUUAUAUAAUUUAAUUAUUAAAUAUAUUAAGAAUAUUAAAAAUGAAUUAAUUUGGAAUUCUUUAUAUUCUUAUCAAUAUAAUUUUUUUAUUAAUAAACUUAAUAAUAUAAUAAAUCGUUGGUAUAAUUUAUUAAAUAAAUUUGCCUCCGUUACGGUGCUUGCUCACACAGACAGUAAUGGACCUGAUAUUAAUACUACUACCAACAGUACUAACUAUAUUGGUACUAUUGGACCAAGCACCGUUACGGAGGAAAAUUCUAAUACCAGAUUUGCUGCUCCGGGAAAGGGAGCUAAUUUUACAGCUAUGGAGUGUACCUCUGGAAAGGGAGCUAAUUCUAUGCCUAUGGAGUGUACUAUGGGAAAGGGAGCUAAUUUUAUGGGUAUGGAGUGUACUACUGAGAAAAAUUCCAAUACUAUUGCUGUUGUAACUAAUUUUGGGGAGUCAGGUACUUUUAAGGAUACUAUUGGAGUUAAUGGCAGUGAGGAAGAGGUUGAUGGUGAGGAUACUAAUACUAAGGAAACCCCUUUCGGGGGUUCCGUUGGACCAAGCACCGUAACGGAAGACACCGUAACUGAGAAAAUAUUAAUGAAAUAUGAUUAUACAAAAUUAAGUGAUAUAGUAGAUAAUAUAAGAUAUGAUUUAAUACAUUUACAUUAUUUAUUAGGACAUGGUUUAGAAAUAGGAUUUGAAAUAUAUAAUAUUGUAGAACGUUUAAGUUCUGUAAUUUCACCAUGUGAGUAUGGUGUUACACCUAAAGAAAAACUUGAAAUCGGUGUUACUAUUGCAUGGAAUCUAUUACAAAAAAUAUUACAUGAUGUUACAUAUCAUUUAUUAUAUACUGAAUCUAUUGAUGAUAACUCCGUUACGGUGCUUGGUCAAGCAGAUAGUAAUGGACCUGAGGUUACUACUGAUAGUAAGGUUAAUACUAAUACUACUAACAGUACUAAAGAUAGUACCAACAGUACUAAGGAUAUUAGUAGUACUGCUGGUACCAUUGGAGCAAGCACCGUUACUGAGGGAAAGGGAGCUAAUUCUAUGGGUAUGGAGUGUACUACUAAUAAUACUAAGGAAGCCCCUUUCGGGGCUGGUACUAAGGAUAUUACUGGCCGUGAACCUGGCACCGUAACGGAAGACACCGUAAUGGAAUUAAAUGAGAUAUUAAAAAAUGAUACAAGUGCAGCAUCAAUAGCGGCAACAAGUUUAUUAAUAUCAAAUACAUAUUUAAAUUCUAAAGAUAUAUUUGAUAAUGGUAAAUGUUUUAUUGGUGGUUUAAAACCUUCUGAAAUGUAUCUUUUUAAUAAUAAAUCACAAACUGAAUUAUUAUAUAAUUCCUCAGUAACGGUGCUUGGUCAAACAGAUACUAUUCCUCCUAACAGUACUACUAAUCCCCUAACUAACAGUAGUAGUACUGAUCCUAGUACCGUAGGAGCAAGCACCGUUACGGAGGAGAAAAAUUCUAAUGAAAUUGCUGUUGUCACUAAAUCUGGGGAGUCAGGUACUUUUUUGGAUACUGUAGGUAUUGAGGGAGCCCCUAUCAGGGCUGUUGGUGAGGUUGUUAAUACUAAGGACAGUGAGAAUAUUUGUACAGUUGGAGCAAGCACCGUAACGGACACCGUAACGGAGGAAAAAAUAAUAAAUUCAUAUAAUUUAUGGUCACAUGAGAAUAUAGAAGAUAAAUUAACAAAUAAUAAAGGAUAUCAUGAUUUAGGAUAUAAAUAUAAUAAAACAAUGGAAAGUAAAGAUAUAGAAUCGGAAUUAUUAAAUAUAACAAAUGUAUUACCAUAUGAUGGAAAUCCAAAAAUCAGAUCACGUUAUUAUGUAACAUCAGCAUCACAUUUAUUUAGUGUAUUUAAUUUCUUUAAAUAUGCACAUUUACUUGAUGAUUCAUUUGAUACUAAUUCCAAACAAAUUGAAAAUAUUAAUGAUUUACAUUAUUUAUCACAUAUUGUAUUACGAGUAUGGCGUAGUAAAUCUGAUAAAGGUUAUUUUAAUAGAUUAGAAAUACUUGUCAGUUCCGGUGCUAAAGAUGGUUUUGGACAAAAUUAUCAAUUAUUAGAAAAAAAUGCUAAAAAUCAAAAAAACAAUUAUAAAAAAUAUAUACAAAAAUUACAAUUACACAAAUUUUCCAAAUUCUGUAAUCAAUGUUAUAUACCAUCCAAUCUUAAUAAUACCAACGGUACUACUAGUACUGGUACGGUGACUGAUACUACGGGUACUAUGGGUACUACGGGUGUUAAUGUUAUGAAUAUAAAUGUAUUGGAUAAAUAUAAUUUAAUGUAUGAAAAUAUAAAAGAAAAGAAAUUUAAAUGUUAUAAUUGUUUUUUAAAAGAAUAUAAAACUUUAUAUAAUCUUCAAAAUUUUACUACUGAUAAUUUUACUACUGCAGAUUUAGGAUUUGGUAGUCCAAAUAUACGACCAAAUAGUGUGGAUAUAGGAUUAAAUACUACAGAUAUUGGAUUAAAUACACCGGAUAUAGGAUUAAAUACACCAAAUAAUAAUUUGGAUAAAUUUAAUACAGAUAAUAAUUUGGAUAAAUUUAAUACAGAUAAUUUUAGUACACUAGAUAUAGGAUUUAAACCGGAUAUAGGAUUAAGUACACAGGAUAUAGGAUUGAAUAGAGGAAUGAAUAAUGGAGUGAAGAUGGUACCACCAUAUUGUGAAUUAAAUACAUUAGUAACAAUGAAUAGAAAUUUUGGAUUAGAUCGUUUAAAAGAUUAUAUACAAAAAGCAUAUCAUAAUAUAUUACUCAAAAAUUAA